AUGGCAGCUGUAAGUAAUGGCUACAAUUCUUGGAGGAGGAGAGCUCACAGAAGCUCAGAACACCGAGCUCAAAGUGUGCCGAUAUGGGAGAGGAAAUUCUGCUGGGAAGUGGGUUCAGUACCAUGGAAGAGGAUUGUAGAAGCAAAGAAAUAUAUGAAUAUUUUUGAUAGAGUAGUUGAAUGGGACGAUUCCGCUUGUGAAGAGGCUUUCAAAAAGGCGAAGCUUCGAUAUUGGUUCAAGAUCACUGGCCAGCCACAGAGAAUUAGUCUUCCGAAUCGGGAUAUGUUUAUUGAUGAGAUUGAUUGGAAUGCUGAAAUUGAUCCGGCAAUUUUCCCAGGCUUGGGUGAGUGUUCUGGAGACGAUGAAGAGGAACAAGAAGAAGAAGAAGAGAAAGAGAAGAAGAAUGUGAACGUCGUGAAUAGCUUUGAUGUUCCAUGGCAUCAGAUAAAACCUACAGGUUGGGAUUUGUAUGAACGGAAGUGUCAAUCGUUUACAGGAAUGGUGGUGGGAGAGUGA